UCCCAUGCUAACAGUGUCGAAUGGCUUUCCAAAAAUCCCUUUUUUGACUACUGUGUGUGUACGCCUGCACGCAUGCACACGCUUGCAAGCCUACCCACCCCCCACACUCUCGCUGCUACCUCACCAUCGAUCAUUGGCGUCCAAUUACUCCCACAGUAGAGGCUCGAAGCCUGAGUCGCCUAGGGUUAGGAAGGUUCAAGGCAACCCAAGCUAAUUCGACAACGUAGCCCGGAAAAGAACCCUUGCUCGGCUUGACCUACCUACUUUCAUUAUUUUGUAUUGUACAAUAUUCUAUCGGCGCCUGAAUGUCAGGGUGAUGUUCAGAAGAUGCAGGAAGAGGAGGAACUCCUUGGUGUGACGUUGGCAACCCAUAAUUUUGAAUCCCAGUCCAGUCCAAGUCCAACGAGACACCAGCCGCCGAAGCGCUAUCACAACUACCACCACCAACAACACCAGCAACAGCAGUACUAUCCUCACCCAAACUCUAAUCUACCAGCCUUUGACUCCUCUGGCUACGACGAUCGCAUCUACGAGACCAAUCUUAACCAGCCUCCCACACUGUCUCCGUCCGAAUUCGCGUCCUAUGCCUCGAGUAACUUUCACGCCGCCCAUGCGAACGCGACCAGUGUCGAGCCCGUGGCCGUCGUAGAUCCCGACGAUUUUUAUAGGAACUAUCGUAGCACCCACACGCCUUUAUCAGACCCGACCCACGAAGAAUUAAUGGCGUCAACCUUGCCUGUCCCAAGGCAAGACCAGAAUCUUUCGUUACGAUCAAACGGGAACGGGCCGCCUCCGAAGCACCCCGCUGUAUCUGCCACAAGGAGACCUGCUACACGAUCCGUAUCGGCCCCCGUCGAUGAUAAACAGUCUGGGAGUGCCCCAAAGUCUAGAGCUGCACCGACUUCCCCAUAUGGGGGCCGUAGCGGUCCCCAGACCAGCGUGAAGGAUUUAAAGAAAAGGUUUGACCAGAAUGCGGCGCAGUCGAGUAAUUCCACCGCCCGCCAGACCACAACCACCCCACGCAUUCCAAUCAGAGAGACAUCUUCAUCGCCGAGAUAUCGUAAAGUAAGUGGUCCUUCUCCAACAAAUGGCCAACCGUCAUACGCUACGUUGCGGUCGUCCGUAACGCGUGAUUUGGAGUCCGGAACAGGAUCGUCGGUGACGCGGGUAACACAAAGGAACAAAUCAGUCGCCGAGGAUCAGCUAUCCAAUAACUCACAGUCCUUCGCGAGCCGUAUAGCGAAACCUCGAGUCUCGGUCGGGUCCCACAUUCAAGCAUCAAAGUCCACCAGCAAUCUCUCACCAGCUCACUCACCAAUAUCAACCCCGCCGGUCCCUCAGCCUCGUAACCUUCUAUUCGGCGAGAUAGCGCCUGGCGAGCUAGACACCGGGGCGGCUGGUUAUGGGAUCGAGGGCGCUAGGACGAGACGAACUUCCGAGUCAAACCUACAUAAUCCAAACCGUCUACGUCAGCGGAGCUUCUCACAUGCCGAUGUUGAACCGCCUUCGCCGAGCGAUUGGUAUCGUAACGCGGAUGGGAGCUCUGCAAUUCAAGACGAGCCCGAGGCCAAAAAUCUUAAUUCUGCUAAGGCCCACAUCCGAUCGCAAAGCGACAUUGCUGGGACUAAACCGGGACCAGCGCAGUCGCACGCACCUAAAGUUCCACGCCCUAAGCUCCACAUAGAUCGGGGAUCGCCCUCGACGGCUUCGAGGUUGCCCGUUUCGGUGCGUAAACUUAACAGUCCUUCAGGUUCCUCUAGCCCAACAUCAACAAGAUCGAAUUCACCGUCCACACGAAGACGACCCCAAAUCCAAGGGAAAACGAACAAGUCAAUACCGGCUUCACGGGCGAAGACGCCCAAUAGCGGUUCCAGUACUGCUAGCAGGAGACCAACCCGACUGAAUUCGGACACGCCCAAUAAUGGCACCAGGCUUAACGCCUACAUCUCAACACCCCCACCAAAAUUAUCACCACCACUACGAAGCUCACGACCGCGUCAGCCAGUUUCUUCGGCGACCACCGCUAGCUCCAGAAUGAAGGCUGUUGACCGAGACCGGUCGGUGUCGCGAACCGGGGGGCGGUCUGGAGCGACCUUUGCUGACCAAGGAACGCGUAGACGGAAGAUUUCCGUGGGUCCAAUCGACUUCGAAUCGCGACGGGAGCAGAUUAAACGAUCGUACACAAAAUCUAUUCGAGAGAGCGAAGCUCGGGCGAUUGCUAAGAAGCUUGCCGAUGAGAGGAGGCGAAAGGCUGAAGCCGAGACCGAGGCUGCAAAAGCCAGGCUCGCUGCUGAAAAACAGCGCCUCGAGGUGCAGCGUCUAGAGGAACAACAACUCGAAGAAGAGCGUUUAGAGAGGGAACGUCUAGAAGAAAGGAGCCAGGAAGAGUCUGAGGGUAGUCAUGUCGAAAGUCCUGUAGGCACUGAAAUAUCAGCCGUAGAGCAAGUGCCGUUAACAAUUACGACAAACCUUGUGCAAGCUGGGACGAAUACUACUGCCGUAUCAGGGCCUGGUCAAAAAGAUUCCCCGACGCUAGGUAUACCUGGGAGUUUUCCGACGGCAGGAAUUACAGAAGACGAAGACGAAGCACCCCCUUCCGCCAUCUCAAACACCACCGAAUUUGACGCUGAACCACAAACGGACCCUCCGCUACAAGAAAUCCCAGUGCGGUCAGACGUUAGUAAGGUUGGGGACAAGAACUACGCCGAUUCAACACACUCGAAAUUAGAGUAUCGAUCUCCAUUUGAGGAUGAUUGUGUUAAUGACAAUAGCUUCUCCGUCAAUAUCUCGUUAGAUCCCUCCACGGAGACAAAAUUAGAACGAACGGAACCUAUUCCGAUAGCGAACGAAUCCGAUACAAGCCACGCCAUUCCAGGCUCCUAUCAGGACGACGACGAAGAAUACUCCCCUCAGCCGCCCCCACCCCAGUCGUAUCCUACGAAGGUAACCAUUAUUGGCCGUGAUUCGGACUUCUCGCCCUCUGCACAUGUGGUUGAUAAGUCUACGUAUCCGGAAUUCCCUGACGAUUGUGAUUUAGCGGAGAGUUCUCAACUCAAACCGUCUGGUCUAUCUCGUAAACUCUCCUACGGCAGCGGGCUCGGUCCAAACGACGAGCAAACCGGGCCGAGUGCUGGCCUUAGCGAGAUCGAGGAGUUCUUCGUCGGUCCCAUCAUCAAGGACUCCAUUGCGGAUAUCUCUGAAGGAUCCAGCCCUCAGUUUCCAGAUAGCAACAAUGUCGCUGGUCCCAGGCAACAUGAGAUGGAGGACUCACGUUUCUCCACGGACUCCCGGAGAACCAUGGGCACUGCUCCAAGCCUCACCGUACCCAGAACUUCGGAGUCAAUGAACAGAGUGAGCCAAACUACUGUCUGGACCGAUUACUCUAUCAACACUCAGGAUGCAUACUCGGACUACGAACUGAAGAAUCGAAAUCUACAAAAUCGCGAUUCAGCGUAUCGUGAUAGUCACUCAAUAUCGGAGUCUAGUUCCAUGUCACAGCCAUAUCAGUACGACCAAGACCGUAGGGAGACGCCUUGCAGUUCUGAAAUGUCUUCUAGCAAACUCCAGGACCAAGAUUUACUACCUCAUCCCUCUCACCAACUUCCUGAGCUCAACACCGGGGACGGUUUCAUAAUAGACUACGACGAACAAGAAAAUAGUCCUAUCCCGUCACGACCUGAUCAUGCUCCACCACCGCCUCCCGAUGUCAGCUCACUACAUGACGUUCCUAGGUCUGCACCGCAAAGCGAAUACUUCGAUGAUACGAGACCUAAUAGUUACGUGCUGCAACCUGGGAAAGAUGAUCAGAGUUUAUUCUCAGUGGACCCUUCUAGAAGGGAGAGCGAAGACUAUGGUCAAUCCGAAUCUGGCUCUCGUACAGCAUACCAAGGCUCUCUGGAAAUAUCAGAGCGGCUCCCUGCUCACUCAAUAAUAUUGGACAGCCAACAGACUUUAGCAGAAAGUAUCGACCAGGGUGAAGAUACCACGGGACUUACGCCGAAAGAGAGGAAACGAUUGUUCACGCGGCUGGAGACUAUUAAGGAGCUGAUCGAUACCGAAGCAUUUUUCGUUAGGGAUAUGAAUAUUGUCGAAGAGAUCUACAAAGGCACGGCUGAAGCUUGCCCACAGCUUGAUGACAAGACCAUUAAAUUGAUUUUCCGCAACACUGAUAAAAUAAUCAGAUUCCAUUCGGGAUUCUUAACAGAGCUUAAGGAAGGCGUGUCUAGCGUUUACACUCCUAAGGUACACCGAAAUCAACUACCAAAGGAGACCUCGACCCUUCCUGACGGCACUCCCCUUUCGGCAACGACAUCAACGACAUCCACACCUGCUACAGGGCACCUAAGCGACGGUAGGGAUAGACAAACGUCACUUGGGCCCAUUUUCAUUCGUAAUAUGGAACAGAUGAAGGCGGUACAUGAAACUUUCCUUAAAAACAGCGACCAUGCUGCGAAACGAUUAAUCCAGAUCCAGGAAGAUCCAACGGUGAAAGUCUGGUUAAACGAAUGCAACGAGGUUGCAAGGGAUUUGACGAAAGCAUGGAAUUUAGAUUCUUUGCUUAUCAAACCAAUGCAGAGAAUUACGAAAUAUCCAAACCUUCUUAUCCAGCUUCUUCACGAAACACCUGCAGAUCAUCCAGAUCGACCGUUCCUUGAAUCUGCCAAAGUAGGCCUCGAAAACGCGAUAGAGGAGAUCAAUAAAACAAAGAAGAACUUCGAAUUGGUUGGGCAGAUAGUCGGUAGAAAACGCAAGGAAUCAGACGUCAGAGCCGGCUUUGCCAGAGCCUUUGGCAAAAGGGUCGAUAAGUUGCAGGCGACUCAUAGGCCGGAAGAAGAUCCAGAAUAUCUCAAGCUUCACGAGAGAUUCGGGGACGAUUAUCUUCGAUUACAAGUUGUUCUAAGGGAUGUCGAAUUCUACACGAGGCAGGUUACAGAAUACGUUCAUGAGUUUUUGCAGUACUUAUCUUCGAUGGAGCUCGUUAUGAGACUCCAACCCUCGCCUCAUCCUGAAAUCGAAAGCAAGUGGGUCCGGUUUAACGUGUCUAUGAGAGACAUAGAAAAAGUUGCACUAGAGCAACAUCUCUCUCAAGUUCGGAAGCAAGUCAUUGAACCUUUCGAGCUCGUAAUCAAGUCAUAUGGCAACCCAUCGUUAGCCAUGAAGAAACGGGCAAAACGCCGCCUAGAUUACGAGAAGUCAGUUCAACUCAAGAAGAGUGGUAAGAAGAUCGACAAGCAACUUUCCGAGUUCAUCGAACAAUACGAAGCUUUGAACGAGGCGCUUAAAAAGGAGUUGCCCAAGCUUUCUGCGUUGACGGAAAAGGUUGGCAAGAUCUGCCUCGCAAACUUCGUCAACAUACAAACCCAAUGGUUCUCUAUAUGGCAGGAUAAAGUCAAGAUAGUGCUCGGAGACUCCGAUGUUCCAGAAAUCGCAGACAUCGUAUCUACCUUCCAACGCGAUUACAAAUUCCAAGACGAACAGAUCAACAACAUCGGCAUCAUAAAUCCAGGCUCUAAAGGUCGCCCGUCUCAGUCAACCAGCACUGACGGAUCCUUCUUAGGACUUCGUUCUAGGGCUGAAUUUUCACCUCGCGGCAGAGGACUAUCCUUGAGCAGCGAUGCAGCUCCAAGUUUGCCUACGCCUGACUUCAUGAAGCGCCACAGCGGCCAAUUCACCAUUUCGCCCACUGCUGCCUCCAUCCCGAGCCCUCAGCAGUACUACUAUCGUGAUUACUACGGCGGGGUCAACGCACAAGGACGUCCGGGCUCAGGCUCGCUUCACACCCCUGAGUCGUCGAGCGCCUUUCGACCGGUGGGGCCUGCACCCGUGCGACCUGGAACCGGACAGAGCUAUGAUUCAACCGGUGUCCCGAGACAAAGCACGGAGUCCGGCGCGCACUCAAGACGUUACUCCAAUUCGAUGUACCCUUCUCCACAUCAGUCAACCGACAACCAACGCUUCUCUGGCAUAUUCCAGUCUGCACUUCCUCCAUCUGAUAGUCAAGAGCGGCUUCCACGGCCAUCUCAAGCAUCUUCUCGUGCUUCUUCUCGGGAACGACAACCCAUCAAUGGAUAUAAUGUCCUGUGGCUUGCCGCCUCUUUGUUCGAAUUUAACAUCGAAACUACUAAACAUGAAGCUGGGUACCCUUACCUAACGUACCAGGCAGGAGAGAUUUUCGAUGUCAUAGCUGAGAAAGGCGAAUUGUGGCUUGCUAAAAAUCAGGACGACCCUAAGAACCUAGUUGGAUGGCUAUGGUCGAAGCAUUUUGCCAAGUUGGCAGACGAUUAAGCCGCCUGACUCAAACCUACUUUCAAGUUUCCACGAAUCUUAACUUGAUUCCAAUCAUUGCUCUUGCGAUAUCAUGAGCAUCGAGUGCUCACACUAAUUAUCCAGCCAUUUUUGGUUCUUAUUAGAAAUAAUGGUAGACAAGCCCAGCAGACCAGGCUUUCCGAAUCUCUUUUAUCUGUAAAAAAAAAAAGCCUCCCCAGCAAGAGCUUUCUACUACCACGCUACUGGCGAGGCGUGGGCGAGCGCGGCGUUUUCUCAUUUUGGUUGGGUAUUAUCUAUGUACGACGCGAUGGGACACGAUAUUAUUCGAAGUAUAGGCAAGGUCGAAGAAUGGGAUCUCAGCAAUGAAAGCAACAGAAAAAAAUAUCGCGUCUUUUCUCCCAAGCCAUGCAAUCAUGGAGCUUGCUUAGGUAGGCUUUAGGGUCUGCAAUAGCAUAGACUCGAUCCAUGGCGGCUACUUCGGAGGUAUCCCAUAUGGGCCUCUUGUAUUUUUGUUAUUUAGAACCAGGACUCCGGCGGUGGAUGGGAUUGGGGACAUUUUGGCGGUUCGAGCGCGGAUGACGGAUGAUAUCAAAACUUGUUUUUUUAAUCCGCGAUGCGUGGAAGUUAUAAUAAAUCUUAUAACAAACCAUAAUCUGCCGUCUAUGAAGAUGGCAUUGCUGAGCCAUCGCGAUAGUUGAGUGUGAUAUCAAUAGCAGAG